AUGAACGCAAAUAACGAUGAACAUGGGAAUACAGGGAUGGAAAAACUUGUUUUGAAAAACGAAAACUCACUUCAGUCCAAUUCAUCUUCGGGUUCUUCGGGAUACAGUGCUUGUUCAAGAGUCCCAAGUCUUGAGGAAUUACAGCAAGACGAAUUUGUUAGCGUUGAAACAUUUGAACGGGAAGGAAUUGACGAACCAAAUAUACUCCGAAGCAUAGUGCAGACCGAAGAAAUAAAUGAGAUUCAUAAAGUCGAAGACUACGUUGAAAAACUUAAGACGUCAAAACCACAUCAAAGAACAGAUAUAAUAAAAUUAAUACAGACCGAAUUGUUGCCCCACUUAAAAGCUAAUGACGACAUACGGAAUCUGUCCACUUUACUUACAUGUGGUGAUGAGGACAUACAAUCCAUAACGCUAAAAUCCCUGAAGUCAAUUUUAUUGACGCUAGAAAUCGGUAUGGUUGAAAUACAAUCUUUGGAAAGUUGCUUACAAAACAUAUUAGUGUUGAUGAUGUCAGAUGAAACAUCCCAAGUUUUGUGGUUUUCUAUAUGUCCAGUUGUUUUGCGUGUUAUAGCAUUUGUUUCCAUACAGUUUUGUUAUGUAAAAUCAGAGAGGAAAAAGACGUCUGAAAUAAUGUCCCCAAUAGUAGCCCAUUUAAAGGACUACGCUGAAAAACUAACAAAGCAUUGGCAUAAGGAAAAUACGAAGGUCCACAAAACUAUUCAUUGUAUUGUGCAUUUUCUUUCAAAAUUUGAAAAAUUUAAAAUGAGUGAAACUCUCAUAAAAAUUCUUGGAAAUUGGGAAGAUGCAUUUUCAACAAAAGACAGUGACAAGGAUUUGGCAAAGCUAAGGAUACACGAGCAAUACAUUUUCGCAUUUGGAUUGAUCUCAAAGAUGGCGAGAAGUCCAUCGUUGUUUCGCUGCAACUUUAUACAGUUUCUUCGAGCAACAUACUGUUGUCCUCAUCGUCUUGUGGAGAGGAAGUGGCAUGAAGAGUUAUUUCAUUCUCUUACAGAACUACUCCUUACUGGAGUAGCCGACGUCUUUAACAAAGUUGAUGAAAAAAGUGAAGAUUUCCAGACCCUCUUGGAAGUAUUAAAGGUAUCUUCUCAAGGUUUCCAUGCUAAAUGGUCUUUCCUGCCAAUUCCAGAGGAAGUUCACGAUCUUCUUUUUACUCUUGGUCAUCCAGUAUUGCAGUUGGUUGUAAAAGCUUUAGAUUUAUCAGAAACAAUGAUUCGAGAGUUAGCAGAAGCCAAUAUUAAGAAUACAGUGCCUGGUCUUCAUAUACAUGACAAAGUUAGGGAAAUUUUUUCCAAGACAGAUGAAAGGAAUUACUGGUCGAUAUGUGGAGGAAGAUUGUAUCAUUUUAAUGUCACGAUAUCAAUUCUGAUUCCAGAUAUUUCCACCCUUAAAAAUACUGAUCAUACUGAAGAAGCAAAGUCAAAACAUGUGCGGAAAACCAAUGAGUUCGAGAUUUUGCUCUCUAUGCAGAAAGAUUAUAGGCAUACAUGUAAUUCAAUUGCAAAACUUUUGGCCUACGGGUCCUCUAGCUUGCCGUUGCCAUUUUAUGUGGUUGAAAAUCAUCCUCAAGGCUUGUUGGAAAGGCUGUUGGAAGCAAGAAGGUCCCACAAGUGGCUUCCUAGAUCAUGGAUGUACGAACGCUUGCAAGAGAUGGCGAGCUGCUUUACCUAUCUGCAUUCACAGCGCAUUGUGCAUCGCGAUAUUACAUUGCAUUCAUUCUGUUUGAAAACGUGUCUGACCUCAGGAAAAUGCAUGGCUGUGUUACAAAAGUUGGAGCUUGCUCACAGCACAACAAACACCUCUUCGAGCACGCAUAUUUCAGUCAUCAGUGGGGAUUGGAUACCUAUCCGAUGGUCGGCUCCAGAAUCUAUACUACAUGGAAAGUAUGAUUCAAAAACAGAUGUGUGGAUGUUUGGUCAUACUAUACAUGAGAUGUUCACAUACGGUUGUGAACCAUAUACAGAACUUUACAGUGAAAACACAGAGGAAGUGAUCAUAAGGGUUGUUACGCGGAGGCUCAAGCCAUACAAAUGGAAAUGCAUACCACAUUCAUUUCACAUUCUUUCAACAAAAUGUUACGAUAUACAUCCUGAAAAAAGACCACCCAUGCACGUAGUUGAAAAACAUAUACAAACACUAAGAGACCAGUCGUGUCCGGGAAGCUUGGAUAUUGGUGGUAAUUCUGUACCACAUAUCGGGGAUAAACAACUCAAGAGGGAGCACAAACCAGAAAGAGGAAUUCCAAAUGUGGUCAACUUUCUUCGAGAAAAAACAACCGAAAACCCAGAAGAAUUUGAGACCUGUUACAAAACUUUGAGGUCAAGUAUCUACGGCAGAAACAAAUCUUUGGAGUUCAAUUUGCGAAAAGAAGACCUUGAGUCGAGAGAAGAAUUUAAAAUAACAAAUGAGAUAAAUUGCAUCAUUGUUGAAGAACUAGUAUCUGAUACCUUUUUUAAUCUAAUGUUACCAAAAUUAAGUGGAACGUUGGCUGAAAAUUUGGGUUUAAAAGAAUGUGCAGUAAAGAAAAUUCGACGAUGUUCAUCAAGCACAGAUGCAAAAAUGAUCAUCCAAUAUACGUUUCCGUCAAGUUCCAACAUUUUGUGUAUAGCUGAAGAAAUGUCAAAGAAUUCAAAAGAGGAAAACGUAAACACUCUUUUGCGAUUUUUAUUUGCUGUUGUCAAGCAUGUGAAACAAAUCCACAGCAGGAAGUGGUUGAUGGUAGACUUGAUUGGCAAAUAUGUUUUUAUUAUUGACAAGCAAGAAAUGCCAAAGGCACUUAUGAUUAGAAUUGGUAGGAUGCAAAGCUUGCCACAAGAAUGUAAUAUCCAAGAAUAUAGCAUUAUAGUCAAUCAGGAUCUACAAGAUAUGCUUUAUUGGCUUCCCAAGGAAGUAAUCGGGCACAACGAACUAUCGUGUGGCAGUGAUGUUUACACAAUGGCAAUGCUUUUCUAUGAAGUUUUUUCCGUCCUCUCUGGUCGUGAACGUCUAGAUUGUGUGCCAUUUGGGAACAAACACAAAUCCAAGCUGUUAGAACAUUUGAAUGAGGGACAGGUUCCCGAAAAACCGGAUCUAUGUCCAAGCUGGUUGUAUGAUGAAGUAAUGUUAAAAUGCUGGGACCUCGACAGAACAUGUCGUCCACAUGUUGAUGAGAUAAUUUCCUUAUUUUCGAGCAAGUUAGAUUUAUCUGAUGCCCCAUUGUCCUCGGCAUCAGGGUCUAUCAGCAGCUACAAGGGAUUUGAUGAGAGUAAUUCAAACAGGGGUGAUGGAUACUUGGACGUAACACAUUCCUCGGAUAGUCCCCACACUCACAAUGACUAUCACAACCCACUAGAGGAUGAGGAGGAACAUUAUGAUCUCAUCGAUGAAAAUCUUCUCCAAACUGUACAUUUAUAAGUCGUCAAUUUUUACGAGAAAAAGAGAUAAGGAAAUUGUGAAUGCGCAAAUUAAACGUCGACGUAAUGUGUUUUCCUUACAUAUGUUGGUUUUUAUUGAAAAAGAGAAGCAAGUGACACAAUUGAUAAUCGUUUGAAUUUAUGAUAUUAAUUGCGUUUUCAUUUAAAAUAUCUUUGAUGCAUAUUCUGUAUGUGUUUGUUUCCUUUACUUAAUAUUUAUGAUUUUGAUGA